AUGAGCAGUCCACCGCAGUACGCAGAUGUCUCCUCCCUCCUGGCAGCUGCGGGUGGCCACCAGCCGCCGCUCGACGGCCGCGUGGCCAUCGUGACCGGUGGCGCUGGCGGCAUUGGCGCCGAAGUCACCGCGCACCUCGCAUCCCUCGGCGCUCGCAUCGUCGUCGGCUACAUCGGCGACUCGGCACCCGCGGACCAGCUGGUCGCAUCCCUCAACGCGGCCGCAGGCAGCUCCGGGCCACGUGCGGUCGCGGUGUGUGCCGACGUGUCGGACCCUGUGCAGGUGGAGCGUCUGUUCGACGCGGCGCAGGCGGCGUUCGGGCGCGACCUCCAGAUCGUGGUGGCGGCCGCCGGGUUCCAGGACGCGGCGUACCCAGCCAUCGCGGACACCGAGCCGGAGCAGUGGGAUCGCGCCUUCGGAGUGAAUGCGCGCGGCACGUUCCUGUGCUGCCGGCAGGCUGCCCGGCGGCUCGUCAGAGGCGGCGGCCGGCGGAUAGUCACCUUUUCUUCGUCGAACGUUGCGUCGCUCCGGCCAGGGUAUGGCGCGUACGUGGCGACGAAGGCGGCCGUGGAGGCCAUGACCAAGGUGCUGGCCAAGGAGCUCGCCGGAACUGGCAUCACGGCCAACAGCGUGGCGCCGGGGCCGGUCGCCACGCCCAUGUUCUACGCCGGGAAGUCCGAGGAGCGCGUGAGGGUCGUCGCCAACGAGUGCCCCAUGAAGCGCAUCGGCGAGCCAGCGGACGUGGCGCCGGUGGUCGGCUUUCUGACGCCGCCGGGUGGAUUAACGGCCAGGUGA